AUGCCUCGUCGAAGUCGUGGCUGUGCUGCCUGUAGGCGUCGCCGCAUCGGCUGCGACGGGGAGCUUCCAGUCUGCCGACAAUGCCGCAUCACGAAUCGGCAAUGCUCAGGUCCAUUGCAAGGCGCCUUGGUCAUCGAUCAGACAGACCGCAUCAUAUUCAAGAACCGACCAAAGCCAGAGAUGAUACACCAGCCUUCCAACCAGUCCAUGUUUGCUCACGCCUUCAUUAACGAGUUCAUCUCGUUCAUCACUGCGAGAAGCGAACAAGCACGUCGUCAAUCGUGGCUUACAGAGCUGCAAAGCGGAUCCAUGGCAGAGCAAGGGCCUGCCCUUGAACUAUCGAUGCAGGCGACAGCUUUGGCUUACUGCGGGACUGUUUCGGGCAAUCCAGCUGCUGUUAGGGAGGCCUGUAACAUCUACGGCAGAGCCCUCACAAAGCACUCAAGAUCCCUCACUCAUGACUUGAGUUCACCCAAGGCGGCAUCUCUCGGGACUUGUGUGAUGCUGUCCUUUUUCGAAGCCAUCUGUUCUACGAAUCCUAUUGCAUACGGUACGCAUCUUCAGGCAGCGAAGAAGAUGCUUGCUCUCAUGCCGUGUGUGGCUGGUCAUAAAGACGAGCUGGUCAUUUGGCAACUAGGCCAACACGUACAAUCUCAGUCGUUGUUCGUCAUGCUUUCAACACCAGAUCAAUAUCUGCAACAUGCACCAGUACCAGCUUGCUGGACAAAGAUGGCUGAGAACGAGGAACAUCCCGCAACGAGCCAGCAGGGCGUUGACCGUUUGAUGUAUGAUCUCUUCUUUCUCACAGACGUUCUUGUUCGGAGAUCAUACACCACCGAAACAGAAAUUCUCUUGAAUGCAGACAUAAUUCCUGAGCUCGACCAAUUAUGGCUCGAGUUCAAGGAGCAAGCCACGCAACUAGGAGAGCUUAUCCAGUGGCCGGUCCCUUCUGGAGCCCAAUACCACGAUCCAUUCAUUGCCAUGGUUGUUGCUUACUUUGGAGCUUCCUGGGUCCUGCUAAGUAUUCUCGGCCCUCAAAUAUCUAACCGUCAACUAGGGGAGUCGUGCGAUGCCAUCCUCGAGUCAUCUCGCUUCCUUGGGGGCAAAAAUCUAGGUUGCGCGCAUCUACGCAUGUUCUUCCCCCUGACUCUUGUGGCCAUGCAUGGACCUUGUAGUGCGCAGAGGGAAGCAGCAGAUAGACUCUUAGGGCAGCGGAUUCAGAGCACGGCUUUCAAGGGCAUGGGGUCUGUGGCGAUCGGCCGGGUUCAGUCUAGCAGGGUAUUGUACCAUGCAUGAUCACAGCAAAGUAAUAUCACAACUUUAUUCAGUACCC